AUGAAGUUCUCUGCCCUCGCUGUUGCUGCUUUGCUUCCGGCCCUCGCUUUGACUCAAGAGGCCCCGACCAACCUUCCCGAUGCUCCUGUCGUGGAGAGCCGCAAUCUAGAGAAGCGCGCUGUAUCCGGCAAGGUUCUGGUAGAUGGGCUUCGCUACCGGACCUGCCCAAAAAGCUCUUGUACUGCCGUUGGUCAGUACGCCAAGGGAACAAAGAUCUCGAUCAAAUGCUUAACCCGAAUUGGCACUACCGUCGAGAAUGGUGACCCUGGUUGGGCCAAGCUCACCAAUGGUAACUGGGUCGCUAUGGGCUAUGGAAAGUACAUCACUUGGUCUUUAGAUGUCGAUGAUUAG